AUGUCUCAGCCCAUCAAGGCCUCGGCCACCGCCGCAGUGAACCCAGGGCCCGACGGCAAGGGGAAGGGGACCCCGCCCACAGGACCAGCCCCCGGCCCCGGGCCAGCCCUGGCCCCAGCAACCGUGCCCGUGCCCACUGCCAAAGCAGGGGACCUGCCUCCUGGGAGCUACAGGCUGGUGGUCUUUGAGCAGGAGAACUUCCAGGGCCGUCGGGUGGAGUUCUCGGGGGAGUGCCUGAACCUGGGGGACCGUGGCUUUGAAAGAGUUCGCAGCCUCAUCGUGGCCUCCGGACCCUGGGUGGCCUUCGAGCAGUCCAGCUUCCGUGGGGAGAUGUUCAUCCUGGAGAAGGGCGAGUACCCUCGCUGGGACACCUGGUCCAGCAGCUACCGGAGUGACCGGCUCAUGUCUUUCCGGCCCAUCAGGAUGGACUCCCAAGAGCACAAGAUCAGCCUGUUUGAAGGGGCCAACUUCAAGGGCAACACCGUGGAGAUCCAGGAGGACGACGUGCCCAGCCUCUGGGUCUACGGCCUCUGUGACCGCGUGGGCAGCGUGAGGGUCUCCAGCGGGACCUGGGUCGGCUACCAGUAUCCAGGCUACCGCGGAUACCAGUACCUCCUGGAGCCCGGCGACUUCCGCCACUGGAACGAGUGGGGCGCCUUCCAGCCGCAGAUGCAGGCCGUGCGCCGCCUGCGUGACAGGCAGUGGCACCGCGAGGGCUGCUUCCCGGUGCUGGCCUCCGAGCCCCCCAAGUGA